CUGAGGUCACAUUUCCCCAGUACCCAAGUCAGAAAAAGCAAAGCUUUACUCCGUGUCAGAUCUUGGACUCUUUGGAAGCCUCCCGUGAGAGGAAAAGGAAUGAAUGUCCGGUGUUUACCUAUCCUGCUGCUCCUUGGACCAGCUGUUCUGCUCCAGGGUUCGGAUGAUGAAACUCGUCUGGUGGAUAAGUUAUUCGAGAACUAUAACAAAGUUGUUCGGCCAGUCAGCAGUCAUCGUGAAGCCGUUAACGUUACUGUUGGACUGCAGCUUAUCCAACUGAUCAAUGUGGAUGAAGUGAAUCAAAUUGUAUCGACCAACGUGCGCCUAAAACAGCAAUGGAGAGAUGUAAAUUUAAAAUGGAAUCCGGAAGAUUAUGGGGGUAUAAAACAAAUUCGCAUUUCAUCAGAAAAGAUCUGGCGUCCAGAUUUAGUUUUGUACAACAAUGCAAAUGGAGAUUUUGCUAUUACCCAGCUUACGAAAGUGCUUUUGAACUAUACAGGCCACAUCACAUGGACACCUCCUGCCAUCUUUAAAAGCUACUGUGAAAUUAUAGUCACUCAUUUUCCAUUUGAUGAGCAGAACUGCAGUAUGAAGUUUGGUACCUGGACCUACGAUGGCACAGUGGUUGCCAUCUACCCGGAAAGUGACCAACCAGACCUGAGUAACUACAUGGAGAGUGGAGAGUGGAUAAUGAAAGAUUACCGGGGCUGGAAGCACUGGGUUACCUAUGCCUGCUGCACUGAAACCCCGUAUCUGGAUAUUACCUAUCACUUUGUGUUGCUGCGUUUGCCUCUCUACUUCAUUGUCAAUGUCAUCAUUCCUUGCCUUCUCUUCUCAUUCCUAACUGGAUUAGUGUUUUAUCUGCCCACAGAUUCAGGUGAGAAGAUGACCCUGAGCAUCUCUGUCCUGCUUUCUUUGACUGUCUUCCUUCUGGUCAUUGUGGAGCUGAUUCCCUCGACCUCCAGUGCAGUGCCUUUGAUUGGCAAAUACAUGCUCUUUACCAUGGUGUUCGUAAUAACCUCCAUCAUCAUCACUGUUAUUGUGAUCAAUACCCACCACCGCUCCCCGAGUACCCACACUAUGCCACAGUGGGUGAGGAAGAUUUUUAUCGACACAAUUCCCAACGUUAUGUUUUUUUCAACAAUGAAGCGGCCUUCCAGAAAUAAACAGGAGAAAAGGAUUUUUACUGAAGACAUUGAUAUUUCUGAAAUCUCGGGGAAACAAGGUCCUGCUGCUGUGAAUUUCCAGUCAGCGCUCACCAAAAACCCAGAUGUUAAAAGUGCUAUUGAGGGCAUCAAAUACAUCGCUGAAACAAUGAAGUCAGACCAAGAAUCUAACAAUGCUGCAGAGGAAUGGAAGUUCGUUGCGAUGGUGGUUGAUCACCUUCUCCUUGGCAUCUUCAUGUUAGUUUGCAUCAUUGGAACACUGGGUGUUUUUGCUGGACGCCUCAUUGAAUUACACCAGCAAGGGUGAAAAGAGG